AUGGCUUUGGAGGAGUUUAUAAUAGACCUCUGCGAGGAGAGUGUGAAUGGGGCGCUUUUGACUUUCUGGCUGUUCCAGACAUACCUCCACGACCUGGCGAGCGCGCCAAACUCGAUUGCCUUCAAGACUUGUCGCAGGAUAUACAACAGAGUGCAGCGCAUUGUUUUUGGAUCGGCUGAGCCGCAGCGGAGAGAAAAGAUCAAGGAAAAUAUAUUACCCGUCACCCUGCUCUCGAGCUUGGUGCUGGCCAGUAUCGCCGCGCCGUUUCUCCCCGCACACGCGGGACCACUGGCCAUCGCGCAGGCGCGGAAACCCAGACCAAUCGAGGACAUCAUCUCGGACAACGUGCAGACGGCGAAGGUGGGGAGGAGCAAGACGGUGACGGGAGAAUCGCCGCGGUUGAAGCAGAGGAGGAACGCCCAGGGGCAUUCCGAUCCUGAAGAUGGACGGUCGUCGAAGGCUUCGUCGCCGCGGCCUAGAGAGGUGCGCGAACCCAAGGACUUGAGACGACAGGCUACACGGCCUGCGAAUCCUACGCGUGGGCACUCGACACAACACAGGCCUUCCCUACUAUCUAUGAGUGCUGAGGCCCAUCUCAGCUCGUCAUCGCUGCCCGACUUUCGCGAUUCUAACAACAAUUCCCCGCUUCCUACGCCCCCUGCUACUGCUGGGUUGGUGGUUAAGCCGGACGAACCUGGCUUUCGUAAGCGUCGUUCGCAGACGCCGAGACCGCUCACGCCGACCGCAUUGUCACGGUCGCAGAAAGUGCGUCUAUUGCGAUCCAACUACUUUCGCAACGAGACACAAUUCCUGAGUGCGUUGGAGGAUAUCUCGAACCGUUUGGUUAUUGUACCGAAACCGGCUCGUCUGAGUGCGCUGAGAGCCGAACUUGCUUUGAUCGCGCAGGAUUUGCCCGCUGAAGUCGAUAUCCCCACUCUCUCGCCCCCUACACUGAAAGAUGGGAUACCGUCUCAGAGCCAGCAUCAUCGGAUAGUCCGGAUAAACCCUGCGGAAGCCACCAGUCUCAACAGCGCCGAACGAGUGCCGUAUCUUUUGAUGGUGGAGGUGUUGCAGGAGGACUUUGAUUUUGAUCCGGAUACAGAACAGAACCAGCAGUUACUCGAAAAGCUCAUGAUGGAAAAGGGGACGUCUAGACGACGGCUGUUUGAUAUUACUAACGCUGAGCAUUUGGCGCUUGAUAGGACACCACCAAAUGGAUCGGAUAGCGUCUUUGAACCUGCGAAUGGCGACCUUAGCAGCACUUCACUCAUCAAGGACAUGGAUGAGGACGACCUGGCUUCUGGAUUGGCGCGUGUCUCGAUGCCCGGUACCAGCAAAGUCACGGCACCACGAUCCUCAAGUGGAGCCAACACGCUGUCUUCAAUUGCUAGUCUAUCUACUCCCCGCACGUCUGACAUGGAAAUCAGCAGGUCCAACAGUCCGGGCCCCCGAAAGUCGACCAUUCCCUUGAACCGAGGGAACCAAGCAGCCGACCAACCGGACUUUACAGCCCUCGCGACCCACAUGCGAACUGCCGCUCAGAUGCUGGCACAACUUGAAGCGAGUGGAUCGAAACGGCCGAGGAAUGAGGUGGCGGCGAUCAAAGCUAAAAUCAUCGCGAGCAUGCAGAGCUUGGAAGAGCAGAAUUUCCUUUCUGAUGAUCAGGGGCCGACGUUCGACACCAUCAUGGCAGAGUCAGAUCCAACAGCAAUCACAGCGGAGCCGGAGGAUCUCGAGGAGGGAAUGGCCGUCGCGACGAACUCUGGAGCAGGUGCGGCGCGUAUGGAAAACGAUCUCAAGACGGGCGGCAUGCGGAGAAAGGGCGACCGAGAUGAUCCCAGUGCUGCAACGUUUGGUGAGGAGUGGAGCGCAAAGAGAGAGCGCAUACGACGGUCAUCACCAUACGGACACAUGAGGAACUGGGAUCUCAUCAGCGUCAUUGUCAAGACAGGGGCAGAUCUCCGCCAGGAAGCCUUUGCGUGUCAGCUCAUCCAAGUAUGCGCCAAGAUCUGGGAAGAGGCACAAGUCCCCGUCUGGACAAUGCGCAUGCGCAUCCUCGUUACCGGCGAGUCAUCCGGACUCAUCGAAACAAUCACAAACGGCGUCUCCCUCCACUCCUUAAAGCGAAGCUUAACACUAGCCAGCAUAGCCGCCGGCACCAACCCCCGCAAACGCAUCGCUACCCUAAAAGACCACUGGCUCAAGACCUUCGGCGAGCCAGAAUCCGAAGCUUACAUCGCCGGCGUGGGCGCUUUCGCCCGCUCCCUCGCCGCAUACAGCAUGAUCUGCUACGUGCUGCAGCUCAAAGACCGCCACAACGGCAACCUCCUCAUCGACAACAUGGGCCACAUCAUCCACAUCGACUUCGGCUUCAUGCUGUCCAACUCCCCCGGCUCCAUGGGCUUCGAAGCCGCCCCCUUCAAGCUCACUCAGGAUUACGUUGAUGUCCUCGGCGGCGUCACAUCCCCCGCUUUCGAAGACUUCAAGGCCCUGUGCAAACGCGCGUUUCAGGCCCUGCGCAAGGAAGCAGAGCGGCUGAUCAUGCUGGUGGAGUUGAUGAGCAAGCAGAGCAAGAUGCCGUGUUUUGCGGCGGGGGCCGCGAGUGUGACGAAUAGUCUGCGCGCGAGGCUUAUGCUGCAUUUGUCGAGGGAGGAGGCGGAGGUUUUUGUUGAUGAGCUGGUUGCGAAGAGUGUCGGGAGCUAUUAUACCCGGCUAUAUGAUACUUUCCAGUACCGCUCGCAGGGCAUUUACUGA